AUUUUGAUCUUCCAGUUUUCGCGAUCAGAGAAGAUUACAUUAUAGAGUGAUUAAACAGUUUAGUGUGCUUACUUUGAUACACUUCUUAGAUGUUAUUCCUUCAUCAAUAGCCAAUAUUAGUGAAUCAUAAACUACACUAUCCUGACCUGAACAGUUUUCGUAGAAAUAUGCAAGUCUUGAAUACAGUCAUAAGUUCACUACCUGUGGACGUGAGGAGAAGAUCGUCAGCCAAGAUCUUCAUUUUUGCUGUUGUUUUCUACUCAAGUGGUGUUGCUCAAGUGCCUCCAAAGAUCCAACCUUUUGCCUUUCCUGCUUUUGUUGAAGAAGGUAAACAUAUCCAAGUUACCUGUGGAUUAGAAACGCACGACACUGCUGAAUAUUUUAAAUGGUUUAAAGAUGGCCAUCCUUUGCACUCAGGAACAAAGUGGACAAUACUUUCUCCGGGUAGAGUUUCGGUGUUAAUAAUAAACAGUGCGACCACAGAGACAUCAGGAAACUACACUUGUGCUGUUCGUAAUUCUGUUGGUCAAGAUGAAUUCACUACUGAACUUCGUGUUAAAGGCCCUCCAAAAUGGAAACAGCAGCCUAAAGAUAUGGAAUCGAGCAUAGGAGAGACUGUGCGCUUUCACUGUAGUGCUUGGGGUUAUCCAAUACCCAGCAUUAUAUGGAAGAGACAGAAAGGAGAAAAAUACGUCGAUGUAUCGAAAACUUCGGAAUCCAAUGGGACUCUUACCAUUCAAGACAUAAGAAAACAUAAUGCUGGAUUUUACAUCUGUGAAGCUAACAAUGGUAUCGGUGACAGUUUGAGCAAGCAAGUCGAACUAUAUAUAAGAGCGUUUUUACUAAUUUAACCAUUUACUUUAUCACAAAAAGUUGAGGAAGGAAAACAGGUAGAGGUCAUGUGGAAUUGAAGUUAAAGACAACCCAAUUCAACAUCCGUGGUUUAGGCACCGUAAACCUCUUCAGACUAGGAAAACUUGUACAAUUCACAAACAUGUUCAUGCUUUAUUGCUGUUAAUAAGAAACGUUCAAGUA